UUUCCCACCCUCUGUCACUCCCUCUCCUCGCCUCACCUCGCCUCGCCCCACCUCGCCCUCCGUCACUCCGAGCAGAACCACACACACAAAAAGCAGGUCAGCAAACAGGUUCGAGGAAAAUACCUAACAACGUCAACCUCAUCUUUUCUGAACCUUUUGUAUUCUAAAACUCAAUUACAAGUGUGUGAUACACUUGUAGAGAGGGAUUCUUACCCCCAUUUUUUCCAUUUCCUGGACAAUCACAAAUUGAGAGUAAACAAUCCAUUUCUAUUUUUAUCCCUCAAAAACUACAAACCACCCAACGGACUGAGAUUUAUAGCUGGGGCUGCACUCUGUUUUAAGCAAGAUGUGGUCAACAUUUUUUCUGACUGACGAGGAGGGCCGCACCGUGGUCCCGGGAACAGCAGGAGCAGGUGGAAUGGCUGCACCAGGAGGACCAGCACAAGGCACAGGAGGCCUGGCCAGUUUAAUGGGUGGACGCAGCACCUUUGGUGGGAACAAGAGACGCAGAACAACGUCAGCUGGACAUGCCAUGAGUGAAGCCCAGGAGGGAAAGAUCAAGCUGGCAUUUUUUGUGGCCAUAGUUGGUGUCGUCCUGACGGUCCUUGGAGUCGGGACAGAGUUCUGGGUGGAACUGGCGCCCCCAAAGAAUUUUUAUAACAAUCAGACAUGCCUGACGGCUCACUAUGGCCUCUGGAAGGGCUGCACCAAGACCCUGUGGGUGUCAGAUAUCGACCCAGAACGUGAGAGCUGUGGACCUGCGGAGCUGCCUGGAGAAUCCAACUGCACCUACUUCAAAUUUUUCACCACGGGGGAAAAUACUGUCAUGUUUCAGAAGACAACACACAAAAAUUUGAAUGUUGCUGCAGCAAUGCUGGCCCUUUUCAGCCUUUUCCUGAUGGUGAUGGGGGCCAUCUGCAUCACCAUGGCACUCAGUAAAGAGAUUAUCUUCUUUCUGAAGCCAGCAUCCAUAUGUUUUAUCCUGUCAGGUGUUCUGGUGCUCAUGUCUCUCUUGGUUUUCCACCAGUCUGUCCUAUCUUUCUUGGCCAGUGACCACACGGUUCCUCUCCACCAUGAGCUCUCCUGGUCCGUGUCGUGUAUCGGCUGUGCAGGCGCUGUUCUCAUUGUGGGAGGAAUCCUCUUCCUGCUGCUGGCGCUGCCCUGUAGCCCGUGGCAGAGGUGUCUCCCUCACAAGGAAGGCAGCAGUUAGUGGCUUUUAGGUGAGGAUUUCUGCACUUUACCUGCUGAAAGGAAGGAGGAGUGGAAAGGUGAGGAUGUUUCCCUCACACAUCCAAUCAAAAAGAUCACUUUCUCUGUUUACUACAGAAUUGAAACAGUAGAAAUUUUUUAGAUAUUUAAUAUUUAGGAAAAAAAGCAAGGACUAUUUUCAUUUUAAAAGAUGAAUUUAUGGGUUUUUGUGUUAAGCUCACAAAUAUUUAGUGGAUGCAUCAAACACCUACAAGCUGAUACUGAUAUUCAAUUUCCUUUGAGGUCUGACCUGCUAAUUCAAACAUUCUUACUCAUAAAAACUAAUUUGUGUAAACUCUGUUUCAUGAGUUGACUUACUAGUGAGGUUUGUAGGUCAAUCAAAUUCAUUUUAAAUAUUGUUUACAAACUAUAAUGAUCAUAUUUUGUUGCUUGAUAGAUGUUUAAUACCUUUACAAUCGCUCCUAAAAGACAAAUCCCAAAUUCUGUGUACAUUAUUUUGAGACAUCACAGAGGUCCUCUAAAUACAGAACAGAGUAUUGCUAAGUCUGACGAAUACAAACAACGUACAACUACUUGCUUGCAUUUUGUUUUUAUUAUCUAUGGUUGCAGGAAGGUUGCCACAUACGUUGGGAACAAAAAAACAUUGGAAAAUAAUUUGUGUUGAGAAUCAGAAUAGACUGGAAUGACAUGCAACACUGCCGCAUCAUUGCGACAGCUGUCAACAAUGACACAAUGGCUCCAGUCAAACAAAUUAGCCCAGCCAUGCCUGCGCAUGAAACAUGAUCCCUGGGAUAAUACAACAAAACAAACAUUUAAAGGGCAGCUGACAAUUAAUUUCUGCACAAAUCACUAAAUUAGACCCUACACACCAUUCACUGUGUAGAGUGCUUACUGUAUUGCUUCUAUACUAACAUUUGUAUAGCAAGUUGAUGUGGUAGCCUCACAAUAUGGUCUUAAUGAGUAGCAAACAUGUUGACAAAACAAUUAAAUAACUAACUUUAAGUAAGAAUAUAAAUAGUUUUGCACCAGGUUGAGUUCUCAAGAUGACUGUUCAAUUGUAAAGUUAUUGGAAAGGAAAUAUACAUCUUGCCAGUUUGAAUUUUAUCUCUAAAAUAACUUCAGAGUUGCAAUGAUGAGAAAUAUUGUUGUAUUCCUCAUUAUUAAAUUUAGAUGCAUCACUACAUCAUUUGGAAUAAGAUUCUGUCAGUAAAGCAGAUAAUUUGCUAUUUGGAUGAAUAGCAUAUUAAUUUGCAAUACAGAAUAUGAAUAUAGUGACCUUUCUGGCUAGAUUUGUGUGGGAAACAUGUGAAUAUUGUCUUAUAAACCUACAACGUUUGGAGGAAAUGCACUGUUGCAUUUUUAUGCUUACCAAUAAAGGACAUCUGGAAAUUUUACAAUUUCUUAGACUUCAUGUUUCUGACUAUAUAUUUUAAUAAAAAAACCUAAUAAGGCAAACCUAAAUGCAAAGUAAUUCCAGUCACUGGUUUUGAAGUUGUUAAAUUCCUCAAAGUUUUACAUAAGAUGCAUUCAACUACAAUGUUUUUUCUCCUAAAUGUACCAAUAUUGAAAAUGUGUUCGAUGAAAAUAUUUGGCUUUGCCAGCUAUGUUGAUUUGAGUGCAUUCAUUUUAAAUUUUCUGUUUUUCUUCUUGUUUCUGGUCUUCUCACUUGAGAAAUCCUGAUAAAUAACAACAUGAAAAUGAACAAAAGCUUGCCUUAUGAAACAAACAGUUCAUUGACCUCCAAACUGUGAACCUCAGUUAAAAACAUUUAUUUUUUUUCAGAUGAUGUGAGAAAAAAAAGUUUUGUUUGCACUUCCUAACUUUUGCUGUGUUUUUGUAUAUUUGAUAUUUGGUUGAUGAUUAGAAGCGCAAAGAUCAUCAAUAACUAUAAAACUACCGACAGGUGACUUCAACAUUGUUCUCCAUAAUGGUGAUACUCUUCUUACAUGUCUUACUUAAAAAAGCUGUUGUACAUUUAAGAAUUACAGUGCCUGCCUGUCAAAACAAAUCAAUUAAUUUCUACUAAACACAAAGAAUUUAGCACAACAUCAAUAUCUUGUACUAUGAUAAAUAUUUCAUUUAGACAGUGCUUUAAAAAAAAGAUUUUAAUGUUUUGGCAUUUAUAACACCCUUAUGCUGAAUAUUAUUACAUUGCUCACAUUUGUAUGCCAGGAAUACCUGUCUAGUUUGCAGUCUUUAGAUUUUUUUUGUCAUAGAGUCCUGUUGUCACAGUGCAGUGAAUAUAAUCAAAGUAAAGAACAUAUUAGUGAAAUGUUAGCCCUCCUUCCCAUUCAAAGCAGGAUCCAAAUUUGUUCUUUUAUUGCUUUAUGUGAUUAACCAAAACAGACACAGAGUCCAUGAAGAUACCUCCAAAGUAAUAUCACUGUCGGUUCUCAAUAAUGUUGUACAAUGAAUACUAUUAAAUACUACACACCAGGUUGAGGAUGUUUUUGUAAUUUGCAUGAGGCCUUAAUAAAAAUCAUUUAAACCUAUAUUUUCUUAUUUUAUCAUUUUCAAGAUAUAACCAAAACAGAAAAGAAGAAUCCAAAAUGUGUGUGUUUCUGGCUGUUGUACCAAACCCAUACAUAGCCCUGGUAUCAAAACCAAAGAAUAUACACCUCACUGUGUUCUAUUUAGUUGUUAGGAUAUUUGGUUUCUAUUUGACUUACUGUACUGUGUCCUGCUGUUGUUCCACCUUUUGAUAUUUUCUUUGUUUGCAACUGCUUACCUGUUUGCAUUAUCCCAGAUUGAUUUUCAUAAACCAGGGUUUAACAAUUUGUACUAUUAUAGUGAUGGUUGAUAGCUUUCUAUUAGUUAAACUAUGCAUUAUAUGUUAAACAUAAGAACACGUACAUCCGUUUGCAAAUGAAGAGGUUGAUAAAUACAAUAGAAAACAUUGUUAGAUGGUGAAAAUGUGGAAGUUGUGAGAUUUUACCAGGUAGUUUUUAUUAAGAUUUUUUUGUUUUCUGAUGAUUUACAUUAGCACUCAUAAUUCUCAAUACCUGGCACCUUUUUUGAUCUGAAUCAAAUGAGUAAGAAUGAGUUCAUUUUAUUAUUAAACAUGACAUGAAUAAUUAA